UACUGUUUGUGGGAAAACAAAACAGUCCACAGGAGAAAAACUAUACAAGUGUGAGUUGUGUGUUUUUGCAAGUAACCGGAGUAGUUCCUUAAAAGUACACAUGAGGAGACAUACAGGAGAAAAACGGUUCAAGUGUGAGGUGUGUGAUUAUAAAUGUAGCCAGAGUUGCGACUUGAACAGACACAUAAGGAAACACACAGGGGAAAGACCAUACAAGUGUGAGGUGUGUGGUUAUGCAAGUAACUAUAGUUCUGACUUGAAGAACCACAAGAAGAUACAUACAGGAGAAAAACGGUUUAAGUGUGAGGUGUGUGAUUAUAAAUGUAGCCAAAGAGGCGACUUGAACAGACACAUAAGGAAACAUACAGGGGAAAAACCAUACAAGUGUGAGGUGUGUUGUUAUGCAAGUAACUAUAGUUCUGACUUGAAGUAUCACAAGAAGAUACAUACAGGAGAAAAACGCUUCAAGUGUGAGGUAUGUGGUUGUGACUUUUACCACACUGGUACCUUGAAGGUACACAUGAGGAUACAUACAGGAGAAAAACGGUUCAAGUGUGAGGUGUGUGAUUAUAAAUGUAGCCAGAGUAGCAACUUGAAGACACACAUGAUAUUACAUACAGGAGAAAAACGGUUUAAGUGUGAGGUGUGUGGUUGUGACUUUAACCAGAGUGGUCACUUGAAGACACACAUGAGGAUACAUACAGGAGAAAAACAGCUCAAGUGUGAACUGUGUGAUUAUAAAUGUAGUCAGAGUAGCAACUUAAAAAGACACAUAAGGAGACAUACAGGGGAAAGACCAUACAGGUGUGAGGUGUGUGGUUAUGAAUGUAACCAGAGUUAUAACUUGAAGACACACAUGAGGAUACAUACUGGAGAAAAACCUUUCAAGUGUGAGGUGUGUGGUAAUGACUUUAACGAGAGUGGUAAGUUGAAGGUACACAUGAGGAAACAUACAGGAGAAAAACCGUACAAGUGCGAGGUGUGUGGUCAUGACUUCAACCAGAGAAGUACCUUGAAGGUUCACAUGAGGAUACAUUCAGGAGAAAAACGGUUGGGACAUUUGAAACAGGAAGAGAUAUAUCAAGAUCACAAGCAAGACGUCUUCAAUUUUUCAUAUGAAGAAUCAGAAGCGAAAGGAUGUUUAGCCAAGGAUCCAGAUCUUACUAAACAAGAUGGCUUCAACUUGGCAGGUGUAAAAUUAGAACAAACUGAAUGCGAAGUUAUGCAAGAUGACAGCAGACAAGCUGGCUUCAAUUCUGUAUGUGCUAACAGAAAUCAAAUUGCUGAUUCAAAUGCACGUACUGAAAGUGAUGGGCUAAUUACUGUUUGUGGGAAAACAAAACAGUCCACAGGAGAAAAACUAUACAAGUGUGAGUUGUGUGUUUUUGCAAGUAACCGGAUUAGUUCCUUAAAAGUACACAUGAGGAGACAUACAGGAGAAAAACGGUUUAAGUGUGAGGUGUGUGAUUAUAAAUGUAGCCAGAGUUCUAACUUGAAGACACACAAGAGGAUACAUACAGGAGAAAAACAGUUCAAGUGUGAGGUGUGUGGUUGUGACUUUAACAAGAGUAGUCACUUGAAGGUACACUUGAGGAUACAUACAGGAGAAAAACUGUUCAAGUGUGAACUGUGUGAUUAUAAAUGUAGCCAGAGUAGCCACUUGAAAAGACACAUAAGGAAACAUACAGGGGAGAAACCAUAUAAGUGUGAGUUGUGUGGUUAUGAAUGUAUCGAGAGUUCUAACCUGAAGACACACAUGAGGAUACAUACAGGAGAAAAACCUUUCAAGUGUGAGGUGUGUGGUAAUGACUUUAACACGAGUGAUAAAUUGAAGGUACACAUGAGGAUACAUACAGGAGAAAAACCGUACAAGUGUGAGGUGUGUGGUCAUGACUUCAACCAGAGAAGUACCUUAAAGGUUCACAUGAGUAAACAUACAGGAGAAAAACGGUUCAAGUGUGAGGUGUGUGAUUAUAAAUGUAACCGGAGUAGCAACUUGAACGUACACAUGAGGAAACAUACGGGAGAAAGACCAUACAAGUGUGAGGUGUGUGGUUAUGCAAGUAGCUAUAGUUCUGACUUGAAGAACCACAAGAAGAUACAUACAGGAGAAAAACCGUACAAGUGUGAGGUGUGUGGUUGUGACUUUAACCGGAGUAGUACCUUGAAGGUUCACAUGAGGAUACAUACCGGAGAAAAACUGUUCAAGUGUGAGGUGUGUGAUUAUAAAUGUAACCGGAUUAGCAACUUGAACACACACAUGAGGAAACAUACAGGGGAAAGACCAUACAAGUGUGAGGUGUGUGGUUAUGAAAGUAACUAUAGUUCUGACUUGAACAGACACAAGAAGAUACAUACAGGAGAAAAAAAUAUAUAAGUAUGAUGUAUGUAAUUAUGAAUGUAUUCAGAGUAAUUACUUGAAGAAACACAUGAAGAUACAUACAGGAGAAAAACUGUACAAGUGUGGGUUGUAUGGUUAUGCAAGUAAAUAUUGUUGAUACUUGGAGACACACAUGAAGAUACAUCCAGGAGAAAGACUACAGGUUUGAGGUUUGUGGUUAUGCAUCAACCCAGUGUGUUGACUUGAAGUCACACAUGAGGAUAUAUACUGGAGAAAGACUGUACUUGUGUGAGUUGUGUGGUUAUUAAUGUAGCAAGAGUGGUCACUUGAAGACACACACGAGGAUACAUACAUGAGAUAAACAGUACAAGUGUGUGUUGUGUGAUUAUGCAAGUAACCAGAGUUGUUCCUUAAAGAAACACACGAGGAUACACACAGGAGAAAAAACGGUUUAAGUGUGAGGUGUGUGGUUAUGACUUAAACCACAGUGGUACCUUGAAGGUACACAUUACAAUACAUACAGGAGGAAAAACAUACAAGAGUGAGGUGUGUGGUUAUGACUAACCAAAGUGGUACCUUGAAGGACGAAGGUUCACAUGAUGAUACAUACAGGAGACAAACUGUACAUGUGUGAGGUGUGUGGUUAUGACUUCAACCAGAGUGGUACCUUGAAGGUACACUUGAUGAUACAUACAGGAGAAAAACUGUACAGGUGUGAGGUCUGUGGUUAUGACUUAAAGAGAAUUCAAUACUGCUCCAGCAGCUGGAGUUUCACUUCUUUAUAUUUAACCAGAGUAGUACCUUUAAGGUACACAAAAGGAUACAUACAGGAGAAAAACCGUACAAGUGUGAGGUGUGUGGUUAUGUCUUUAACCAGAGAAGUGCCUUGAAGGUUCACAUAAGGAUACAUACGGGAGAAAAACCAUACAAGUGUUGGGUGUGUGAUUAUGUCUUUAUCCAGAGUGGUACCUUGAAGGUACACAUGAGGAUACAUACAGGAGAAAGACUAUAUAAAUGUGAAGUGUGUGAUUAUAAAUAUAACCAGAGUUUUUCCUUGAAAAGACACAUUAAGAUACAUAAAGGAGAAAGACUGAACGUUUUAGGUAUGUGGUUUUGCAAGAAACUAGAUUGGUUAAACUGAAAGAGACACAUGCAUAUACAUACAGGAGAAAUACUGCCCAAGUGUGAGGUCUGUGGUUAUGCAAUUAGCUGAAGUGGUCAAUUCAGGAGAAAUAUUAGGAUACAUACAGGAAAAAACUGUACAAGUGUUAGCUGUAUGGUCAUGCAUGUAUAAAAGAGGUUUGUAACUUGAAGACUUACAUGAGGAUUCACAACAAAGAAAGACUGUGCAAGUGUGACUGAGGUGUGCUUAUACAUCAUACAUGUUAAAAGACUCAGAGUGGUCAGAGGCAUGCAUUAGAAAGACUGAACAAGUGUGAGGUUUACAGGACUGAACCUUUACUAAGAACCAAACAAGUUAAUGUUUAGCUUAAGACUGAUAUAUGUAAAGUCUUAGAUGCUUUUUAUUCACAAUAAUUAUGUUUUCUGUUUAAUUUAAUGAAAUUAAUGCUAUUGCUUUAAGUUUAUAAUGUUAUUUGUUUAUAUUAAUAUCCUUGUUGUAAAAUCGAUAUACUAUAAAUUACAUGUAAGAUGGAAAAUUGAAAAUACCAGGUAAAAGGUUC